AUAGGUUGAGAGGGGAAGAGGAGGAGGAGGAGGAGAGGAAAGCAGGGAGAGGAGGUCAUGUGACAUUGCAGCAGCUGCUAGGCUGAGAGUUUUCACUCGCUGAGAGAGAGAGAGAGAGAGGGAGAGAGAGAGAAGUGGGAGGGUGAGAGAGAGAGAUAGGCAGUGUGUGUGUGUGUGUGUGUGCUGCUUUGUUAGAUAAGCUCUUUGUGAGAGAGAGAAAGCCUGAAGCAGGAAAGUGAGAGGAGAAAGAUGGUGAUUCCUUCAGCAGCUCGGACGAGCGAGGCUUGGAAGAUGCAGCGAUGGGUGACAGAGACAGAGAUGGCAGCGCUCCUUUGUGCAGCAUGAGCCAUGAGCCGAAGUCGCCCUCACUAGGCAUGAUCUCCACGGCGACGCGCACCACGGCGACGGUCAGCCCGCUCACGCCGUCGCCCCUCAACGGCUCCAUCGUGGCCAAUGGCAGCCCGGCUGCUCAGUCUGCUCACUCCGGAUUCGCCGCCGCACUCCGCAAGCUGGCCAAGCAAGCCGAGGAGCCUCGAGGUUCCUCCAUCAGUAGUGAGUCCUCCCCUGUCUCUUCUCCAGCCACAAACCAGAGCUCUCCAGUGAGCACGCCCAAGCGCGGUCCCCUCGGCCCUGUCAUAGUGCCCCCUGGGGGCCACAACGUGCCCAGCACCCCACCAGUUGUCACCAUCGCCCCUACCAAAACGGUCAACGGCCUGUGGAGGAGCGAGAGCCGCCCUGUACGAGAGGUAACCUCCUCCUCACACCUUAUUCUGUACACACAGUCAGAGUCGGGCCCCCGUGGUGUCAGUCGAGAGCGUUUGCAGCCUGAGGCUCAGGAAAAGGGCGGCCCUUCUGUUCCAGCCCACCUCAUAGGAAAUCCGUAUGCGUUUGGCCUGACGUCUGGAUCUGUGAUGCAGGAUUCACGCUUUCAGCCCCUUAACAGCCUGCAAAGGCAGAUGCCCCAUGGCGUGCCCCCCACCGGAGUACCAGAGGAGUACCUGCGCGGUUUCCGUCCAUACGCUACGGCCGAGGACCUGCGCAUGCCCUCACUGCCCCUGGGCCUGGACCCGGCCACUGCUGCGGCCGCUGCCGCUAAUUAUUAUCACCCCAGCUACCUGGUUCACCCCUCAUUCUCCCCUUACAGGAUGGACGAUCCUUUCUUGUCGGCACUGAGGUCUCCAUUUUAUCCAUUACCUGCAGGGGGUGCUCUGCCCCCACUGCACCCAUCUGCCAUGCCCAUGCAUCUCCCAGGGGUGCGUUACCCUGGUGACCUCAGCCAUGCCUCGCUGUCCAGUCUGCAGUCUGAGAGGCUCCAUAUGGAGGAUGAGCUUCGUCAUAGAGAGAGGGAGCGCGAAAGAGAUCGCGAGCGGGAAAAGGAGCGGGAGCGAGAGGCAGAGCGAGAGAAAGAGCGAGAACGGGAGCGAGAACGAGAGCGAGAGCGAGAAAAGGAGCUCGAGAGAGAGCGGGAGAGGGAGCGGGAAAGAGAAAGGGAGCGGGAGAGAGAGAAAGAAAGAGAGCGGGAGAGGGAGAGAGACAGAGAGCUGGAGAGACAGAAGGAGAGAGCAGCGCGAGAGAAGGAGCUUCAGGUGUCCAAGGCCAUGGAGGGUCACUACCUGGCUGAGCUCCACGCUCUGAGAGGACAGGCAGAGGAACGAGUGAAGGCUGCCGAGAGACUCACUCCCAACAGAGCAGAUAAAACCAAAGAGCCCACCCUCCCCGCUCCUAAACCAAUCCAGGCUGGCCUGCACCCUUCAAUAAGCUCCUCCCACCAUCCGGUGCCCACUCUGAUUUCCGCACACGGCAUGUACCUCGGACCAGGUGGGACGGGACCCGGUGCUCUGACGCCCGCCAUGAUUCUGCAGCGCAACAACGAGGAGGAGCGGUGGCUGGCUCGGCAGAGGAAACUGCGGCAGGAGAAAGAGGACAGACAGUACCAAGUGUCUGAGUUUCGCCAGCAGGUUCUGGAGCAACAUCUAGACAUUGGCCGGCCAGGAGAUGUGCCUGAACUACGGAACGAGGGGCCGAGGCCCAUUCCAAACCACCAGGAACCCGGCAGCCGUGAGCGCGAUAUCCAUCCCCAACUCAACGCUCCUCCACCUCUCAUCUCCCCCAAACCUCAGCCCAGAGACCAUGCCCCUGCUCCACCCACCACCCUCUGGAACCCCGCCUCCCUCAUAGAGACCUCCACGGAGUCAAGGCGGACUCUCCACGAGCCACAUUCAGGUCCCUACGACAUCAGCCGCCUUGCUCCGCCUCUCACCAAAACCGAGCGCCAUUUCAGCUCUGAAAAGCCUAAAGACGGACACGAGAAGUUCCCACUCGUCCGGCCUACGGGGUUCUCGGAGCCCCGCCCUUUCCUGGCUGAGCUGGAGAAAUCCACACAGUCCUUUUUAAACCAGCAGAGGGCAGCGCUGAGUCUGAGCACGCAAUACGGAGAGCUGAGCGGUACUCUGAAGAGCAGUGCUGUCCAUAAGGGCCUUUCGGGACCACCGAUGAGGUCAGGAAGCGAUACGGUGCUCGUGUACGAUGAAUAUCUGCAGCUGCAUCGACGACCGGUUAGCAAACUGGACCUGGAGGAGAGGAGGAGGAGGGAAGCGAGAGAGAAAGGGUAUUACUACGAGCUGGAUGACUCGUACGACGAGAGCGAUGAAGAGGAGGUGAGAGCUCAUCUCCGGAGAGUGGCCGAGCAACCGCCACUCAAACUGGACGACUCCACUGAGAAGUUGGAGUUUCUGCGGAUGUUCUGUUUGACCACCAUGUCUCGGCGUGAAGAGCUGAUGGAACAUAAAAGGAGGAAGAGGAGGAGGAUGCUGCGGGAACGAAGCCCUUCGCCUCCGGCUGUGGCCAGCAAGCGCCUGCCUCCGCCGCUUAGCACCCGCUUCACUCCUGAGGAGAUGGACAACGGCCCGGAGCUGGAGGCCAAAAAACGCUUUCUCACCAUGUUCAGCCUCAAUCACCUGAGCAUGCAGCAGAGGAAAGAGAAUGAGAGAGUGGUGGAGCUGCUGCACGCCAUUAAACAGAAAAGUGUGACUCUAGACACCAUUAGGCAUAAUCCUUUCCCGCUGUGUAAGAGCCCGCUGCUCCAUCAGCCUGAUUCUUCCUCAUCGCAGUCUCCAGGUCAGUCAGGCAAGUCAGUCAGCGCCAGACCCUCGAGUUCUCCACCUCCGUCUGCCGGACCUCCAGCCGAGCCUUCCUCCGCUCCACCUCCCGAGCACCUCAGACCCAUCUCUGAACCGCUCAGACCGAAGGACACGCCCCCUCCCCUGUCGUACGCCGACAAAAAGCGCGGCAGCGACGUGAUCCUGAGCAAAAAGUCCUCUAGCCUGCUGAACAGUGUGCGUCCUCCGGCACAUCCAAAAGACGGCGCAGGAACCGUGAACGGCCGCACCAAGACGUGGGAGAGCUUCACAGCCGAGGAGUUCGCCCAGCAGUUCCACGAGUCGGUGCUGCAGUCCACUCAGAAAGCACUGCAGAAGCACAAAGGUGGCGCCUCGGUCAUCUCCGAACCCAACCACACGCUGGACUCCACGGUGCACUACAACAUCCCGGAGCUGCAGGGUGGCCCGGGCCGCAGCACACACCCUCACACACACCCCUCGGUUCAGCCCAACGGUCUACACUGCCCUCCGGCAGCCCGGAGAGACGGACCGCCACGCCCCGAAAUCUCCACUGAGGAAGACUCAGAUGAACUGGAGGAGGAUGAGGAGGAAGAGGAAGAGGCUCCGGGACAUCGGUGGAACGGGAUCGAGUCCAUCUUCGAAGCGUAUCAAGAAUAUGUUGAAGAGCAAAAUAUCGAGCGUGAGGUCCUGCACAAUCAGUGCAGGAAGCUGGAAGCCCAACACUACAACCUCAGCCUGACUGCUGAACAGGUCUCUCACUCCAUGGGGGAGCUGAUGGCUCAGAAGCAGAAGCUGGCAGCUGAGAGGGAGAAGCUUCAGGCCCAGCUGGAGCACUUACGGAAGUGUCUGAACAUGCCGCAUACGGCCUGGAGCAGGGCUCACUUCAAGGGAUAUCCUCCCAGGUGACAUCACUCGGGAAUCCCCUGCGCUUCAUCCACCCCCUCUUCCUUUUCCCUCUUUUCUAAUGCCCGGACUCCGGCCCCCUCCGGUCCUCCACGAAAGAAAGAGGACGGAGGUUUGGAGAGAUGGUGCACGGUGAGGACGCUUAGAAGGACUGAUGCUUAAACGCCAAUCCCACAAUCUGACAUAAAUAUGUGCCAUGGAGGUGUAGGACAGGUGCCACCCCCGUUACCAAGCAACCCGCCCGGAUCUCGCAGGAACGCUCCAUGUCUCACACACACACACAAACACAGAGGUACAGAUCUCAUAGAAAAACUGACCGAACGCGUGACUCCCCAAAAACGUAUAUCGUCAUGGCAACCGCACCAUCUCACCUAAGGAUCUGAGGAGCUUUUCAACUGGAAAUGCACUUACGAGAAGAACCCAGAAGAACUAACUACCUGGAGGUGUCAUGGACCCAAAGAAUCAUAUUCAGCUCGCUCGAACGAUUCAUCCCAUCCAGAAACGUUGUGAUUCGUUGUCCUGUCUGCUAGCUUACUAACGCUAGACUGUUGGAUCUCCAAAUCUCAGAGUUCUGCCAUGUUACUCGGCGUCUCCGUUGGCUCUCUCGUCCUGUCAGCAGUAGGCCAAACGUUGACAUUCGGGUUGUUUAUGUUAUUAGCUCUCAGGCUCACAGGAUGGACCACAUCUGCAGGUGAUUCCAUGUUUACAGACCCGAGGCUGGCCCUAAAGACCAUCAUGUACAAGUGUGUGUGUGUGUGUGUGUGUGUGCGCGCGCUUGAGUGAGCACUACCACUGCCUGUCCAGGAACAGGGACACAUCCUCACUCACUCGCUCGGUAUCUCUGUGACUCUCGACCAACUAGCAUGCACACACACACACCCACACAGAGUAAAUACACCCCUCCCCAACCACCCCCACCCCCUGAAACCCAGUGGAGGAUGUCUAGAUGCUGUGAAAUCAUGUUUUUAAGAAAAAAAAAUGUACUUGUUUGAAUUCAAUGUAAUGUAAUAUAUUCUUUGUUGAAUGUAGUAAUUAGGUAUUUAUGAAUAUAUUGCUGUAAUUUCUGACAAAAAAUAAAACGCUUCAGAACUGAA